CAAACUUGUAAACAUGCAUUACGACAAUUUGCAACAUAUUAUGAUGUAUAUGACAGAGUAAAUAGUCUAAAAGAUUGUACAUGUUAAUUGCACCGGUAUAAUUGCAGUACUGUGGUUUAAAAGAAAUGGGUUUUGUGUGAGCACUUCGUUUUUGCGGGUUUGCCCCUCGAGUGCAGCACCUCGGGUUUGUCCACUGGUCGGCGCUGUUCACCGCUGAAUGUGUCAGACAGUGGCGCUGAGCAUUGAUUUAGCAUGUUCUGCUACGUGUUCUUUCACAUGAGAUAAUAUAAAUCGUUAUUGAUCAUGGUCCAUAUUAUCGUUGUUAUAUGAUGCCAACCAGGAAAACCCAAAAUUGUUCUUGAAUACGAAAAAUCGCAUUGUGGGCAGGCAUUUGUUGUGAUUUAUGGUAUAUAACAUAUUUUACAAUAAUCUAAAUGUUUAAUAUGCUGAUUAUUAUAUUAGCUACACAUUUUGGUGGACAGUAUAUACUAGUAUAUCUUAGAUGCAAUAGUCGAAUAUUUCAUUGGUGUAGUUUAAAAUGUUGUUUUAAAAAGGCUAAACAUCGGCAGAAAAUAUGUUUCAUGCUUUAUUUCUCUUUAAAGUGAGGUGUUUGUAUCAUUCACUUGUAUGCUGUGAUUUAGAGGCUAUUAUUUUUAUCACUUACACAAUAAAAUAACGUGUAUUGCGCGUUAAUAGAAUGUAUAAGUAAAGAAUAAUGAAGACAAGAUUGUCCUCAUAAUCAGUCAGCUGCUGCCAUUUUAGUAAUAAGGGAUUUGUCUCAGUAAUUCAUCCAUCUGAAAAAACAUCCACUGGCCAACACUUUAAUUACUCCUAUUGAUUGAUCGUGUAAAAUCACAACAAUGCAGCAACAUAGCCCUGGUGGUUCCCCCCUUAUAAGAAAGCUGGCGGAGUGAAUUGGGUGUAGCUGUGUCUGUGUGCGCCCUGGCCAAUGGAACCAGAUCCUCCCUGCAGUGCGUAAGAGCGCGGUUUAGGAUUUAACCAAGUCUUUGCUGCGGGGCUGGCUGCAGUCUUCACCAGAGCCCGACGGCCUGAGAGCCUUUCAACAAUGCCAGUCUAGUCUCCACGCUGCUUUGGAUCACACUGCGUCGUCUCUUUUUUGGUGCUAAUACAAUAAAAGCGACAAAAACACCCACGCGUUUUCUUUCGAAUUAUGACUGGAGUAUUCGAUCGGAGGAUCCCGAGUGUGAAACCUGCAGACUUCCAGAGCUCCUUUCAACUCUCAACCGCCAUGCACCACCCGUCUCAGGAAUCUCCUACUUUACCGGAGUCCACAGCCACAGAUUCCGGCUACUACAGUCCCGCCGGUGGAGUCUCUCACGGCUACUGCUCACCGAGCUCCACCUCGUACGGGAAGCCUCUCAAUGCCUACCAGUACCAGUACCCGGGUGUCAACGCGUCCGCUGGAAAUUACUCGACAAAAUCCUACACCGAUUACAGCUCGUACACGACCCCCGCCUACCAUCAGUACACUGGGGCUUACAGCAGAGUGCAAGCCCAGCCAAGUCCACAAGAAAAAGAGAUAAGCGAGCCUGAGGUGAGGAUGGUGAACGGCAAGCCGAAAAAAGUGAGGAAGCCUCGCACAAUCUACUCCAGCUUCCAGCUGGCCGCUCUGCAGAGGCGCUUCCAGAACACACAGUACCUGGCGCUGCCGGAGAGAGCCGAGCUGGCUGCAUCACUGGGACUCACGCAAACACAGGUCAAGAUCUGGUUCCAGAACAGGAGAUCAAAAAUGAAGAAGCUCAUUAAAAACGGGGAGCAUCUACCGGAGCACAGCCCCAGCUCCAGCGACCCCAUGGCGUGCAACUCUCCACAGUCCCCGGCCGUGUGGGACACACAGGGCCCGUCCAGGCCGCAUAGCCUACAGCCACAGAACAUCAACACGACCGCGUCUAACUUUUUGGAAAACUCGGGGUCGUGGUACACCCCAGCCGGAAGCUCCAUGACCUCCCACCUGCAGAGUCCUAACUCGAUACAGCACUCACUGGCUCUUGGAGCGGGGACGUUAUAUUGAAAAAACCCUGUUGUUCAUUUCAAACCUCCUUCAUUUUUUUCUCUCUCCUUCUAUGGACUCGUGUUCACAUUUCAGAGGAAUAUGCAAAUGUAUUUGAUGACAGUCAUAGAAGAAACGUGUAAAAUGUGUAAAUGUGUGCAUGUAAUUUAUUGCAUUUUUUGGAAGACUAUUAAACGUUUAAAUGGACAAUGGAACUUUAAAAA